AUGCUUUCUUUCAAAUCUAUCGUGCUUAUCGCUGCGGCUUUCGCAUCAACCAUCGAAGCCAGUGGAGUGGUGGGCGUUGCACCUGUAGCAGCACCACUAGUGGCACCAGCUCACAUUGGUUAUGCUCAUGCUGUUCCUGACAAUGUACCACCAUACGCUUCCCAAGUUAACAUUGAAAGCAGAGCUGUGAAUGUGCCAUAUGCUGCACCCUAUGUAGCUCCUUCCUUCUAUUCCUCCCCCUACGUUUCUCCGUACUCUUUUCCAGCUCCCUUGGCUUCUUAUUCUUCUUACCCAUAUGGUGCAGCUCCACUCGUGCGAUCAGCCUACGGAUUAGCCCCAGCAUUUGUGCGGUAG